AAAGAAAAGCUGGGUUACCAAGCCCUAAUAUCACAAAUAGAAGCAGGGCUUACCAAGGGAUACUCCGAUAAAGAAGUAGUUAGUGCCGUAGUUCGUGCUGUACAGCCAGGUCUACAACUAACAAGCUAUUUAGAGACCAUGGUUGACCUCACCCUACCAAGGUUGCGUAAAAUUCUUCGCUUCCAUUUUCAUGAAAGAAAUGUCACAGAACUUUAUCAACUUUUAACAAAUAUUGCCCAGCAGCCUAAUGAAGAUCCUCAGUCAUUUUUUAUGAGAGCACUAAUCGUCAGACAGAAGAUUAUUAGUGCUUCAAAAGAGUCGGAUAGUGGGAUUAAGUAUGACGCCUCUUCAGUACAAAGUUUGUUCCUGCAUGCCGUGGAAACAGGUCUCGCUGACGAAACCAUUCGUGCAAAAAUAAGGCCACUCACUCAGAACCCAAAGGUCGCAGAUGAAGACCUCAUUGGAGCUGUGAGCCUAGCCAUAUCUGCAGAAGCAGAGCGAAGUAAUAAGUUCAAUCUUACCAGCAAGGGGAAAUCUGUAAAGGUGUCCGCUAUCGAAAGUGCAGCUGAAUCAAAGAAAGAGCUACAGAAGGACCAGCAGGUUCUAGCUACACUAAAAGUUGUGCAAGCAGAGCUGGCUACCAUGAAGGCAGAAGUUCAAAACCUGCGUGAAGCAGCAAGCAACCAGAAGGUAGACCCUACGAUGCCUAGUCAUGCUGGAAAUGGAGUGGAGCAAGGCCACUUGGUUGCCAAGAGUGUAGGAGGAAGAGGGAAGGUGACCGAUGCCCACAUUGCUACCUCUGUGGUGGCUUGUACCAUAUUGCACGCUACUGUCAGUCAAGGUCCAGAAAUUAUCCGGGAAACGCACCCAGGCUACCCCGCGGGACGGGGAGUAGCCUCACCAGAAAAAGGGAAGUCCCACCAGUGUAGUGGUUGCCUGAAGUUUGAUUGUCACACAUGAUUAUUACCGUGUUCAGGGUGCCAGUCUGUUCGGUAUUGUUCUGUUCGUUGUCAGAAGGCCCAUUGGCCAAAACACAAAGUGUUGUGCAAAGCAAUCAAGGAACUCUCUGAGAGAGGAUCUUUUAAAGAAAAGGGAUUAGGAGAUGCCCAAGAUAGUGGUGUGUAUGCUAGCCACAUUUCACCCAGACAACAGGAGCGCAUAGCCAAACUGGUGGCAAAGAAGUGUUCAGUGAAGUGCUACCUGGACGAAAAGCCUACAGAAGCUUUAUGGGACACAGGGGCCCAAGUAUCCAUUGUUUCAGCAGACUUUCUGAAGAACCAACUACCAGCAGUCCAAAUAAGGGAUAUUGAACAGUUACUU